GCAGUUUUGUACGGAAUAAUUUGAAGUAUUUCAGUGAAGUAAACGUAGGAAAUUGAAAGUUGUUCAUAUUAUGUGUGAAAUAUAUAUUGUGUUUUCAAGUUCUGUAUUACAAAGAUGAAACUUUAGUUAAUAUAAUAUAUAAAGUCACUUACAAAGUCCAUAAUGCUGGCAAGAGGUCGAAAAUUUGGUAAUGAUACUCUUGAUGUUGCGAAUAAGGGGUGUUUCGAUCCUUUUGACACUUUGGCAUGUGUUCGCACAAGUGUAUUGACAGUGGCAGCAGCUAUUACAUUGAUAUUUGUUAUUUUGAAGAUUGUCAAAUAUCAUGUUUAUAGACACCCACAAAUGCAUCAUUAUGCCAUCUUCUAUGUGUCUGCUGUUGAAUGCCUGGUGUGUGGUGCUAGUUUCAUGGCAGGCAGCUUAUACCCGCAGUUGGAUUUCACGGCUUGUUUCUUAAAGCUCUUACAGUUUACAAUUAUCUGCCAUCUACAUUGGUCACUCGCAGCAAGGACCCUCCAUCGAGAAGACAUAGUUCAGCAUUUGAUCAAUCCUGUGCUGUGUCUCUACAUACUCUACUGCACUACUGUAGCACUAAUGGGUAUGGUCGAUGUGACAGGAACGUGGACCGAGUGCAUGCGUCCGUAUUGGUUCAUGCUGUCUAUAGCAGACUUUUCGAUAGUUCAACUUUUUGCGGUGGCCGGUAUCUGUGUCACUUAUAGAACUGAAGGUGUUUCUUCCUUGGCCUCCUUUAAGAGUUCACAGAGAAGAGAUCUUUGGAGCGUCAUUAUAGUCUACGAAUUCUCAGCGCUUCUUGCGGUAGCAUUUGAUGCAAUAACUAGGUUUUUUGGCUCAGAGAAGGAUGGAUGUAGCUCUCUCUUUGCUCAUACUCAAUUCUUCUACUCAUUAAUUAUCGCUGUGUUCAUGGUUGCCAAGUUUCUUGUUCCCACGUGGACAAUCCUGUGGGUGUUUCAACCUGUUGAAGGGGACACACGAAAUUCAGAGGUAGCCCUUGCUAGCAGAUACAACCUGGAUGGCACAACAGAUUCUGUAUCUUCUUCAAUUCGAGGAUACCACCAAUAUCAGCGGAUGUUCAUACCUUCCGAACAAGAAGUUUCCAGGAUGAACGGCAUUCCACGUCUUCCUUACGUGUCUGAAUUCACUUCCUUACAUACAGAGUUCGGUGAUUACGCCUUCCCAGAUGUUUGUCCGGACUGUCCCCUUUCAAAUGGACCACAGAAGAAAGUUAUUAUGGGGGGUGUCACGGCAACUGGGCUUUCGACAAUUAGCGAAGAAUCAGGUAACAUUUCUGUGGUGGACGGCCCGUUAGACGGCCGUCAGAAAAUUGGCCCUGGGGAUAAUGAGGCUCCUAGGUUGCAAUAUUGCAAUUAUAAUUGUUAAAUCAUUUUUAGUGUCUGUGAUUAAGUAAGUGUCUUUUGAUAUUCUGGUCUUUGUUGGGUGACGUAAAUGUAGCGAACAAUUACGUGGUGCCAAAGUACGUGUACGAAGUGAGGUUUACACUGUGCUGAUAUGGCAAGUAUAUUUUCAGGGUAAAGAAAUUAUUAGUAAUGCGUAGCGGGGUAAAUAUUCGGGCUCUUUAUCAUGAUACUCGUAACAUCCAUUUUUGGGUUAUUUACUUGAGAAAUAUUGCGCGUAUCAUCGAUGACCGUUUAUUUAAUUUCUUCGUACGUUUAUUCCUGUGGAUAUUAGAAUGCCCUAUAUUAUAUAAUACUGAUAUUGACAGCAGUCGUGAAUUUUUUCUUGCAAAGCGUAUUUAAUCAUUCACUCUGAAUUCAGUAAGAACAAAAAUUCUGAUCUGUAUUGAUAUAAAUGCAAUUAAUGUAUUUUCUUAAGCGGCCCAUCCACGUGCGAGUCCGGCUCGGCUCGGGUUCCGUCGAUCCAGACUCGUUUGUGGGUGGGGGGUCACGAGCCGAGUCUGUUAUGCAUGUGUGGUGAAAUAUAUCCGAGUCAGGCUCGUACGUGGAUGGGCCGCUUUACAGGUAGCAUCUCUUAUAUUAUUAAUUUCUUGCGGCGUUUGUAUUACAUUUUGGUAUUUGAGAUCUUGAAUUAGUUGAGGUACUUACCUUCAAUUAAACACGAGUUGAUGGUUUAAAUAUAUUCAAGGCCUGUGGAAAAAAAAAGUGAAUCUCACAUUUCAGAACUCGGGUUAUAAAGCGUGUUUUGAGGCACUUUUGGGGGGGGUAAUGAAUUGUCAUGUUUAAAAAUAGAUUUUGAUCGCAACAUGCGCUCUUUUUUAAAAUUGUCUCGGUUACAUGUAUUUAGCAUCUUCUUGUUCAUUCUGCACUUUUUUUAAAAAAAAUUAUCCUGCUUUUUUUUAUGGAUGUUGUCAUAAGUAGGUUAUUUUUUGUGAAGAAUGUUUACUUCCAGCUGAAUUGAAUUGCUGACGACGAAGAUGAUAUCAAAUUUGCACGAAAUGUUCAUAACCUUGCAGUUUUGGUUUUAUUUAUUUGUGUCUAAUUCCCGUUCUUUGUUGUGAAAAAUUAUAUCUACUGGACAGGCCCAUUUGCUUCUGUAAUGUGGCGGAUGUUCUGUUCGCUCUAGUCUCGCCGUAUAAAAUUUGCUAUUUUCUUAUUGGAAGAGGUCGGUCGCUCUUUCGUUUUUGGAAUAGGAACUGAAGUUUUCUUACGUUUUUCGAGAUCUACGUUUUGUACCGUUUAUGUGUAAGGAUGUUUUUUAUUAUCCUGUUCUGCGCGAAGUCUUCAAACAGUAAAAUUUACGCAGAACGUACUUCGUAAACUCCUUCUUUUGGCACUUACAUGAAAUUUAAAUUUAAAUUUUUUGAAAGGUACUCUAAAGACCAAAACAUUCUUAAAGUUAUUUUUGUUGUUUUAAUUUUUUUUUAUCUUCAAAACCAUAAGUUUUUAUCCCAGAACUUUGCAGGGCUUAUGAAGUCGUGAGAGCCGGCUGCGGGAUUUAUUCCAAAUUCAGUCGAAACCUAUUAUUAGAACGGCGACUCUUUCGUGUUCCUAAUAUGAAAAUUUGUUUAAAAUGGUCUAGUCUUCGUAGUUGUUAUAAAAAAUACAAAAUUAUAGGCCUAUAAAUAUUUCGGUAAUUUUUUGUAUAAUCGAUUCUGUCAGUUUAAUUGCAAUUUAAUUGUUGUAAAAAAAAAUUAUAAAUCCAUGUCUAGAAUGAGUAGUAAUUUUCUGGGGAUAUUUUUUUUUAUAUUCCCAGACUCUGCUAAAUAAAUUUUGUGAUAUAAAACAUAUUUUAUUUAAAAUUUAUGGUUUAGCGUUUAUAUAUUCUUGAUGAUGGAAAAUGUGAAAUGGCGGCUGCUGACACGUGAUCAUUAAACUACGGUAUCUGAAUCAUCUGUUUGUUUACAGGUUGGGUUUAUGUGUAAUAAUAUAUGUAGAAUCUGUUUCGUGUAAAAGAUUUCCACGAAGUAAUUGAAUUUCUUACUCCGUGAAUUUUAAUUCUUCGUUUUUAACUUGUAUCAAAACAGAGAACACAAGAUGGUUGCUUUUUUGUAUCAGAUUAUGGACCGCUUUGUCGGAUUAAGCAAUAGUAUUAAAAUGUAAUGAUUAUUGAUUUAAGGGACGAGCAUUCUCGGUUUUUGAAAUUAUUAGUCUUAAUUCUCGGUUAAGUAAUAGAUGUUUUUGUGUGUGUGUUCUCAGAUGUUUCGCCCGUAAUUUAUCUUGCGUCAUAAACCAGCGUGGCAUAAAAAAAUUCUUUGUAAUGGAAUUAUAAGUGUGAACAUGUAAUAGUAAACUGCGUGCUUCCCGUACGACUGCCGAGAUUUCAAAUCCCGUAAACAUUCAUGUUCGAGCACAAAACAUGAGAUUAAUUUCUUAUCAUAACUUUUUAAUAUUGUCAUCUCUCUUUAAAAGUUUAUUGAUACCGCGCGUCUUGAAUUUAAUCGUGUAUUGGAGGGAAGUGUUGAGGAUAAUAUCUGAACGUACAGCUUUAUUAUUAAUAUUAUAUUGUAAUAGCAUAAAUUUUUAUUGAUGAAGCAAGAUACUUGCUGUACGCAGUAAUGUAUUUGGAUGGUUAAUGAAGUUGUUAGUGUUUAGUCACAUAUGGUUUGGGUAUGAAUGGUUUACACUAAAAUGAUAUUUGUAUAUUGCUUCAAACAGCGUUGAGAAACCUGUCGCGUCCUGCCAAAGCUAGCUUAUACAUUGCAAAUAUAUUCAGAAUGUUUUUGGGUGUUCAGGCUCCAGAUGUUCGCUUCUUUUUUCUCUGUCUUGGGAUCGCAGACUUGUCCCGGUUUUUGUGGCCUCGUCCCAUCACGUCACGAACCGUGUGAGACGCCGUCCGCUGGCGAUAUUUUUGGUGCUCUGAAAUUGAACUGGUCUUGGUCUCGGACUGCCUGAUCAUUGUGCCCGCAGUCGUUAGGAAUUAAGUAAAUGCCUGUGAUGUGGACGAGCUGAUAUGCAAGUGAUGCGCACGUGCGUUAUCCUUCCGCGGUCUGUUUAUGAGUGAAGAUCGUUGAUCAUCGGUGCAAAGAUAUUUCUGACACGUUUGUUGAUUUCUGCUGGUUUUAAUACUGAUAUUCAUAUAUUAUAAAUUUAUAAUAUUUCUAGAUUUAUGAAUUAUUGCCUGUAAAGUUUGUGUCAGAUGAGAAUGAUUACGAUGUUUUUCGAUCUGAUAGUAAUUCAGCACGUGAUUUUCCAGGCUGCAUACAUCACAGGGAUUAGUCAACUCUCGGGGACUGUAGUGUUGAGGUAGUCUAUAAAAACCAAAUCUGUGAAUGGAUUUUCUAAACCCUGAACUGUUUCCUUCUUAUGAGACUGUGAAAUGAUAUUUAGUUGGGUCAUUUUUUACAUUUCAUGUUGUACAUAUUUACGUGACCCUUACUGAUUUAAUGAAUUUGAGGCCUACGGAGCUGUGGGCCGUGUUAGCUGUGUAUUACAUUUAUGAGAAACAAAUAUUCUUUUAUUUAAUUUUGAAGAUGAAAUUUUUUUGUUUGUGUAAUGAUUUUUUUUGGUCGCUUUGUUUUUUAUGAUUUGUUUCUCGUAAAUCGUCUUGAAUUAUUAAUUAUGUUUUAUGUUAUGAUCUGAUAUGUACCUGUAUUUCUGAAACUCCAUAUAAGUUUAUUAAAGUCAUCGUAAGGUAAA